GGCGUCGUUGCCCGGAUGUGCGGCGGCUUUGCGCCCCUCUCUUCCCCUCCUCCGUUCUUGCGGAUUCACACGGCGGAAUUGGAGAAGGGCUGGCAGCAGAGGUAGUCGGACAGCGGGGCUCAUCGGCUGGGGCUUCCACCCAGAAACUGCGGGCUCGACUCUCUGGUUUUGGCAGGGGUGGGCGGGCAUCAUAAUCACAGGCAGCGCCGAGACAGAGAAGGAAGAAGAAGCGGACGGGGGAAAAUAUAAAAAAGAAGCGGCGCAAGACGGCUGUUGAUCGAAAUAUCUGGAAGAUUAACCUUCGUCAGCCAGGAUGGGAAAUGAAGCGAGCUAUCCCCUGGAAAUGUGCUCACACUUUGACGCUGACGAGAUUAAACGGCUAGGAAAGCGAUUUAAGAAACUGGAUUUGGACAAUUCUGGCUCACUAAGUGUUGAGGAAUUUAUGUCUCUGCCAGAGUUGCAACAGAAUCCACUAGUACAGCGAGUCAUAGAUAUAUUUGACACAGAUGGAAAUGGUGAAGUUGACUUUAAAGAAUUUAUUGAAGGGGUCUCCCAAUUUAGCGUUAAAGGUGACAAAGAACAGAAAUUGCGAUUUGCUUUCCGCAUCUAUGACAUGGAUAAGGAUGGCUACAUCUCUAAUGGAGAGCUUUUCCAGGUGCUGAAGAUGAUGGUUGGGAACAAUCUAAAGGACACUCAGCUACAGCAGAUUGUAGAUAAAACCAUAAUUAAUGCAGAUAAAGAUGGAGAUGGAAGAAUAUCCUUUGAAGAGUUUUGUGCAGUUGUAGGAGGCCUAGACAUCCACAAAAAGAUGGUGGUUGAUGUGUGACCUCUUCAAGACUCCACCCAACACUUCUGCUUUCUUCUCCAUUUCUGAAGAUCUGCCCAAAAUGUCCAGCAAUGCUUUGUGUAUUUAAUGGAAGUAUUUUCUCUGUGAAGCCACUUUUUCCAACAUGAGCCUCAUGAAGCCAACUAAGUGUUAUUGAACUGCAAUUCUCUCAAUAACCUAGUGUAGCACUUUAAAAUCUGAAGGACAGCUGAAAAGGAGCAUCUCAGUGUGGUGAAGGGGCAGGGGUUGGAUUUUUAUUUAUUUCAUUCUCAUCUUUUAUAAGGAAGUAUAUCUAGAGCUUUGUAAAUGUAUAAGUAGUAAGUUGGGCUUCAAUAAACGAUGCAGAGACUUGAUUUAAAAUAAAGUAGUCUACGAAGUGCCAAGCAUGGAUUACACAACCCAUUUUAAAAUCUUUAUCAUUGUUUUUAUUUGGCUCCCCAUAAUGUAUUUCAUUUCAUAAUAGAUUAUAAACUUGAAUAGUUAAUUCUUGUGAACAGAGUUUACUUUUGUUUUAGUAUAUUGACUAUUACUGUAAACAUCUUUUCUGAUCACAAUUUAUAUAUUAAUGUUCCAUAUUUUAAGUUCCUUUUUAGGGACUUGAAGCUAGUUCAUCUUUCAGUAAUUCCUCUAGCAUAAUGUAGAUGGCAGGAAUGAUUAAGUGGCAGAUCUUUAUAUUGAUAAGGUAAUUUGGUGAGGAUUAUCAAGUAGACAUUUAACCACAAGUUGGUAUUUUUGCUGUUAAAUUGAUUAAACAGUCCAGUUUGCAAGGAAACUUAAGAAAACAGCAUAACCUCCAACAUCUUUAUUAAUAAUGCAGUUCAUUGUACCAUGGAUUGAAAGUUGUCUUAAUCUUGCUUUUCAGAUGGAUGCCUUUUUCAGAUUGAAUUUCUGCUUAUUGUCGUCAUCCAUUUACAAUCUUGAGUUUUAGUAUGUUUGUGAGGAGUGAGCUGUUUCUACUUUUUUUUUGUAAAGUAAACAAAACUUGCAACAAUUAGCUACUUAACCUAGUCUGUUCAUUUACUAAGAUGUCUGUUGGGAUAAAGGGGGGACUAGUUUAUUUUCUUCGCAAAGAUUGUUCAAGCGCCUCUGUACUAUUGCUGUUCCUUCAGUUAAGUGCUGCACUCUGGUGGGCUCUAACUCAGUGUGAGAGAUCCAGGUGCUUGGUGUCCUUGCAUGAUAAACUUUUUGCAUGUAGAUUGACUGAAAUGUUCCUCUUGUUUACAUAAAUUACAAUGUUCAAAGAAGUUGCCAAAUGUUGGUAAAUGUUGAAAAAGAACUCCACUAACUUUCUUCCUCUGGAUAAGUACAUGGCUUGUAAUUACAGCCAGUUGUGUCUGCUCCAGUGUCAACUGCCAUGUGCUCUGUUUCAAGGGGAAUCUAGUCUUGUGAAUUUAUUUGUACAUAUUUGUUAGUCAUGUAGGGAAAAUAUUCCCUUUUGCUUGUGCAUAAUUUGACUGCAGUCUGAAAUCGUGUACAUCUUUUUCCUUAAUACAAGGGAAUGUUUUUAGUUUUAUGUGGGUGGGGGGUGGCAAGUGAAUGUUGAGUUUUCUUCUCUGCAUGUUGCAUCAUAUGCGGUGGGACUAUUGGAACCUUCAUACUGUACAAGUAAAUGGAAAAUAAAAUAUUUGAAACUGUUUUGCUUUUAGUCCCUAA